GUGCCUGGCGCGCUGAAUUAUCAUAUGGUGCGCGCCUAAUACUCGCUGUAGUUCGUACACCACUGCAACUGUGAUAUAUACGUAUACACAGACGCGAGACUUGUUCUCUGUGCUGGUGAAACGCGAGCCUCCCCUCUUUCUCUCUCUCUCAAAAAACUCGGCAUCGUCAUCGAGCGUCAUUAUUAAUCCGGAGCAUAAUACUCGCGCAGCGCGUGCGAAAGCCGCUCGCGUCUCUCGCUGGUGUGUAGUAAGAGGCAUGCUUAGUCUCGUCGCUCCACAGUGAAUUUUCGUUCUGCCACACAUAUAGCUCUCCGCUUUAUACUGUAAAUAUAUCGUAUAACUUUUAUUUUUUUUUUAUGACGUGCGACAACACAAGUGCUACCGUUGUAAAACUGGCCAGACUGCUCUCACACGCACUUACUUACGCAUACACACACGUGGCCAGAAGAAAAGUCCAUCGUUGUUGUCAGAUUUGUUUAAUACAACGUGCAGCGUCGCGCGUCCAAUAAAUAAUCGAAAAAUCUAAGUCAUGUCGAGCCUCGAGGCACUGAAAGCCGAGCGAGCCGAGCUCCUGGACAAGCCGCUAUGGGACCAGAGCACCUUCAUGGGCCGCUGGAAGCACUUCGCCUGGGUCACGGAUUUUCGCACCUGCGUGGAAUCCGAAGAGGAGCUCUACAAAGCCAAGGAGCUGUGCCAUUUAUACAGAUUAGGACGCGAACCGGUGGGUACGACCAGGGAGCAGAUCAUACACGCGAAAAAAUUGUACGAGUCGUCGUUCCAUCCGGACACGGGUGAGCUACAGAAUGCCUUCGGCAGAAUGUCCUUCCAGGUGCCCGGUGGCAUGGCCAUCACCGGGGUCAUGCUGCAGUUUUACAGAACCACGACGGCUGUGGUGUUCUGGCAGUGGGUCAAUCAGUCGUUCAACGCCCUGGUCAACUACACGAAUCGCAAUGCAAACUCGCCGGUGACGACGCACCAGCUGGGCAUGGCAUACAUCAGCGCGACUUCGGCCGCCAUGCUCACCGCCAUCGGCUUCAAGAGCUUCUGGGAGAAGAGGGCCAAUCCCCUCAUGGCUAGGUAUGUGCCGUUCGCGGCCGUGGCAGCUGCUAAUUGCGUCAACAUUCCGUUGAUGAGGCAGAACGAGAUACGCGGUGGCAUCGACGUUGUCGACGAGAACGGCAACAAACUCACCAAGUCAAAGCUGGCGGCGGUGAAAGGCAUUAGUCAAGUCGUGAUAUCCAGGAUCGUCAUGUGUGCUCCGGGAAUGCUGUUGUUACCGCCCUUGAUGGAGAGCCUCGAGAAGAAAGCUUGGAUGCAGCGAAUCAAAUUUCUUCACGCACCUUUCCAAGUACUCAUGUGCGGCGUCUCAUUGACGCUUAUGGUACCGACAGCUUGCGCGCUAUUCCCUCAAAACUGUUCGAUUUCCACGAAAACCCUGCAAAAAUAUGAACCGGAAAACUAUGAAAUACUGCAGGCUAACUGCAAAGGAAGAAAAGUUCCAGAGUAUCUGUACUUUAAUAAGGGCCUAUAAACUCUAAGACUUUAUAAGAUUGUUUUUUUGAUCUAUAAAGAAAAAAGAAUAAGAGAAGCAACACAAAAGAAGCAAUGUAAAAUAAUUAUUUUUAGGAUUAUGUUAAUAGAAAUACGUAAUAUGUCUAUUUUUAUGUCACAAGACAGUGUAAAACAAUUACUAUGCUAAUGAUUUGAUAAGAAUAUGUGAGAGAGGAGAUAAAAGAGAACUGUGUAAUCACAUUUGAUAUGUGGUUUAUGUGUAGAACAAAGGUGUAAGUUACUUUCAAAUUAUAUUGUUAUUUGUUGCUCUGGUCUUCCAUUUUUUUAUGGAUGUAGACAAUAAUAAUGUUAAUAAGCAGUUGUGAUUUAAAAAUAAAUAUUGAGAAUUUCACUGCACAAUCAUAUUGUAUUUGUGCACUAAGUAACAAACAAUGCUUCAUCCUAUUUUAAUUGUUUGUUUUAAAGAUUGCUAUUAUGGCAUGAUUGUUCAGAAUUUCGUUAAUAAAAAUCUAAGUUAUUAAAAUGAUAAAA